UUUCUCGCGAUACUUGGCAGCGCACCAAGCGGAAGUGGAGCAGUGUUUGUUGUGUUGGAGCAGAAACGGUCGGAGAUGAAGUCCGUCUGCUUUUUUCUGACUUUGAGUUUUUCAGUGUUUUUCUGUUGCUCUGCUUCGGCUUUCGAUGGAGUUCUGGGCAGCACGUCUUCGUGUCACAGAAGCUGCCGGAUGACUUACAGCCUGCACACUUACCCGCGGGAAGCUGAGCUGUUCGCCUGUCAGAGAGGAUGCAGACUUUUCUCCAUUUGCCAGUUUGUGGGUGACGGUGAAAACCUGAACCAGACCAAAUCCGAGUGUGAUUCUGCGUGUCAUGAAGCGUAUGAUGGAGUAGAUGAAGAGUUCGCCUGCAGUCUCGGCUGCCAGAACCAACUUCCAUUCGCUGAGCAGCGACAAGAGCAGUUGUUGGCCAUGAUGCCCCGAAUCCACCUGCUUUACCCCCUCACCCUGGUAAGAGGGUUCUGGGAGGACAUGAUGAACCAAGCCCAUGAAUUCAUCACCACAUCCUGGACCUUUUACUUGCAGGCAGAUGAUGGCAAAGUUGUUGUUUUCCAGACUGGACCACAGGUUCAGUUUGUGUCUCAGAUUGACCAGCAGAGGGAGGAGCUGAAGGAGGAACCUCAGAAUCCAGAUUUUGGGAUUAUUGAGCCGGUUUACAGAGAAUACAGCAGCUUUAGUCAGGAGAGACUCGGCGUUGUAGCCCAGGAUCAAAGUGUCUCACAGGACGACUACAACCUCCUCAACUGUCUCUCCAGGAGCCCGUGGAUACCUGGUUGGAUUUUGACCACUACUCUGGUUCUGUCGGUUCUUGUUCUAAUUUGGAUCUGCUGUGCUACGAUGGCCACUGCUGCAGAUCAAUACGUCCCUGCUGAGAAACUGAGUAUUUAUGGAGACCUGGAGUACAUGAAGGAGAAGAACCUGAAGCCAUACCCACAAUCCUCUCUGUUGAUUGUCAGUUCUUUGGUAAAGGAGGAUGAGGCUGAAGCUCUUCCCCCUAAACUCAGUGUGGAUCUGACUCGUGUUUAAUUACAUUUUGGUCAGAAGUACAAGUAAAUUGUUAGGGUUUAGGGGGAUUGGAUUAAAGUCAGGGUGUGCUUCAUGUCUUCAUUUUACACUUUCUUUAGAGUUAGUGGGAACUAUUUCUUCAGCACAUUAUGCUUUUAAGAGAGAGAGAGAGAGAGAGAGAGUGUGUGUGUUUGUGUGUGUGUGUGUUGAAGAUGUAAAAAUAGCCAUGCGGGUCGUGCACUGCUUUAAGUUUUAUGAUUGCAUUGUUUCCUUCAUGAUGUUUAGUUCUGGUACAGGGGGGCUGUUAUUUAUAGAUUCAGGGUUUAACAUUAGUUUUUUCCACAUAGUUUAGUCUUUUCCACAUCUCAAAUCUGUCCAAGUCUGUAAAAAGAGUAGGACGUGUGUAUAGAGAACAGUGUUUGAUAUCAGCAUUUCUGUCACACUUCUUUAUGAAACAAAAUUAGAAAAUGACACUUGGUUUGUGGAAAAGUGCAAAAAAAAAAAGAAGCAUUUCAUCGAUGUGGUGUUAGAUUCUGUAAUGACUUUCACUAAAAUCCAAACACAUUCACAUAUAAUCAUCAGUCACACAAAUAAAAUGGUGAUUUAUUAAGGUUGGGUUUAUUUUUUUUUAAAUGAUUCCAAUAAACACAAUUAAAUGGGAAAAAUACAA